UGUGAUUUUAUUUAAUUCAAUUCAACAUCGAACUCCAAGAUGAAUCCACCCUACACGAAAAAUAGAAAAAGCUAAAAAGAAAAGAGAGUUCAAUUUGAUGAAAGAGACGAAAUCAUCGAAAAAUAGUUUAAUCAUUUUUAGUGUGCUGCGUCCCUUUCUCAGGCCUCACUCAACUCCCCAAAUGGUGGUGUAUGCUGGCUGUUGUUGAAUCAAGAAUCUAUUUCUUCGCAACCAUUUUUGGAUUUGAUUUUGAAAUUGGAUUCAUGUCUGCUUCAAUUGAUAAUGAAGCCAAUCAAUUGAAAAGUUCCAAUCUUUCCAAAUCAAGAUUGGCAAAUCUCAUUCGACAGUAUUCAUUUGAUAUAUCNAAUGAAGCCAAUCAAUUGAAAAGUUCCAAUCUUUCCAAAUCAAGAUUGGCAAAUCUCAUUCGACAGUAUUCAUUUGAUAUAUCUAAUGCUACUAUGCGUUAUCUUAAGCUCAAAGACCGUUGCAAAACCACUCAAGUCUACGCCUUUACGCCUUCCUCCACCGCCACCUCCACCCCUACCUCCGCCGCCGUGGCCAUAGCUACCGCCACUGCUAACAAGCGCCACCACCUAGAACAACUGCCCACAUUGAAUUCUAUCCUGCGUGAAUCGGUUGAUACCGUCUUGGUAUCCACGACUAAGACUCUUCUCCCAUAUGGGCUCCCAAGAACUGACUCUCUCGAACCCCGGAUUGACCCUUAUCUCAAAUCCGAAGACUUUGUUCAGUCCUUGGCCGAACUGUACAGGAGGGAGAACAGUGGUCCAGAUUCAGACAAGUCCCUUGUGCAUUUAGAGCAGUAUACUAUGUCGCUUAGCAAUGGCGAUCCGAAAAUAACCCGGAGGCGCCUUCAAUUUGCUCGCAAACACGCCGUAGACGUGCACACAAAGGUUGUUUUAUCGGCUUGGUUGAGGUACGAGAGAAGAGAAGAUGAACUCGUGGGAACUUCGCCUUUUGAUUGUAUUGGAAGAAAUCUUGAAUGCCCCAAGUCGGCUUUGAUACAUGGUUAUGAUCCAGAUUCUGUUUUUGAUCACUGUCAAUGUUCCAGGGCGAUUGAUUCUAGUAAUGGAAAUUCAGAUAUCAACUAUAUCUUGGAUGGAAAUGAUCAAUUUUCCAGUUCAGAUUUGGAUGAAAUUGUUUGCUUUUGCAUUGGCAAGGAGGAAGUUUACUGCAAUCGAGGUAGAGUUGCCUCUCUUUCCAGACCAUUAAAAGCAAUGUUAUAUGGAAAUUUUGUGGAGUCAAUGAAAAAUUCUAUAGAUUUUUCAGGAAUUGGGAUAUCUGUGGAGGGAAUGAGAGCAGUGAGAUUGUUCAGUGAAUCUAAGAAAUUAGAUUCUUGUUUGCCUAAUGUUGUCAUGGAGAUUCUGUCUUUUGCUAAUCGGUUUUGUUGUGAGGAAAUGAAAUCUGCUUGUGAUAACUAUUUAGCUUCAUUGGUUUCCAACAUUGAUGAAGCAUUGAUUCUUAUUGAUUAUGCUCUGGAGGAGAAAGUGACUCUUCUCACAGCCUCUUGCUUGCAAGUGAUUCUUAGAGAGCUUCCAGGGUGUUUACAUAAUUCAAAAGUUAUGAAUAUAUUCUGUAGUUCUGAGGCUCGAGCAAGAUUAGCUAUGGUUGGUCAUUCUUCUUUCCUAUUGUUCUAUUUCCUUAGUCAGGUUGCCAUGGAAGAAGAUAUGACGUCUAACGUGACUGUAAACUUGUUUGAGAGAUUAAUAGAAUGUUCAACUGAAAGGUGGCAGAAGGCACUAGCAUUUCAUCAGUUGGGUUGUGUGUUUCUUGAAAGAAAGGAGUUUAAUGAAGCUCACCAUUGCUAUGAAGCAGCGGCUGAGAUGGGCCAUGUUUAUUCAUUAGCUGGAGUAGCACGCACAAAGUUCAGGCAAGGGCAGAGGUGUUUGGCACAUGAUAUUAUUAAUUCAAUUAUAUCAAAGAAUAAAUAUCCAAUGGGGUGGAUGUAUCAAGAACGGUCAUUAUAUAACUCGGGUAUGGAGAAGAUAUUGGAUCUAAAUGAAGCUACUAGAUUGGAUCCCACUCUUUCCUUUCCGUACAAAUAUAGAGCUGUUUCUAUGGUAGAAGAGAAGAACCAGACUGAGGCAGCUAUCAAAGAGUUGAACAGAAUACUUCGCUUUAAGGUGUCCUCCGACUGUCUUGAACUUCGAGCUUGGUUCCAUAUUGCUCUUGAGGACUAUAAUGCUGCUAUAAGAGACAUUCAAGCCUUAUUAACAUUGGAGCCCAAUUACAUGAUGUUUAAUGGGAAAGUGAUAGGCAGCCACUUGGUUGAACUUCUUGGCCAACAUGUUAACCAGUGGAGUCCAGCUGAUUGCUGGAUGCAACUCUAUGACCGAUGGUCUUCUGUUGAUGAUAUUGGCUCCCUGGCUGUUGUACAUCAGAUGCUGAUAAAUAAUCCUGAAAAGAGCAUUUUGUGGUUCCGACAAUCUCUACUUCUAUUACGGCUUAAUUGUCAAAAAGCUGCCAUGCGUAGCUUGCGUUUUGCCCGAAAUCAUUCUAGCUCCUAUUGCGAAAGGCUUGUUUAUGAAGGAUGGAUUUUAUAUGAUUCUGACUACCGUGAAGAAGCAAUCACCAAAGCUGAGGAAUCUAUUUCACUUCAAAGGUCUUUUGAAGCUUUUUUCCUUAAAGCAUAUGCGCUGGCGGAUACAUAUCUGGAUCCUGAAUCUGCAUCUUAUGUUAUCGAACUCCUGGAGGAGGCACUUAGAUGUCCUUCAGACGGUCUUCGUAAAGGACAGGUGGGUAUAGAUGCUCAAAAACUGUUCCUUAUUGUGUGUAGCUGGAUGUUUUUAUUUAUGCUGUAUAUGGUUACAUUUUUGCAGGCUCUAAAUAAUCUAGGAAGUAUUUUUGUGGAUUGUGGUAAGCUCGAUUGUGCAGCAGACUGCUAUAUGAGUGCCCUGAAAAUAAAGCAUACACGAGCUCAUCAGGGUCUUGCACGUGUUUAUCAUCACAAAAAUGAUAAGAAAUCUGCUUAUGAUGAGAUGACAAAGCUAAUUGAGAAGGCAGAAAACAAGGCUUCAGCUUAUGAAAAACGCUCAGAGUACUGCGAUCGAGAACUGGCAAAUGAUGAUCUCAGUAUGGCAACACAGUUGGAUCCAUUAAGGACUUAUCCUUACAGAUACAGGGCAGCAGUGCUUAUGGAUGACCAAAAAGAAAAUGAAGCAGUAGAAGAGCUGACAAAGGCCAUUGCUUUCAAGCCUGAUGUGCAAAUGCUUAAUCUUCGAGCAGCAUUCCAUGAAUCAAUGGGUGACUUAAGCUCUGCUCUCAGAGACUGUGAGGCAGCCCUUUGCUUGGAUCCCGACCACAAGGACACCCUCAAUUUGUAUAAUUGUGCAAGAACCCGAGCUGUGUCUACGUAGACGAGGUAAUAUUUCGUUCUGUGUGAAAUGAUGCAAUGGGGCAAUUUAAUUCUGGUUUUGGGAGGAAGGAAAACGAAAAUGUUUGAGCUUUUCCUACUAGUAUUUGCUUCACGGAGAAGUUCAAGAUGGUAUUGGUGUAAAAUGAAGGAACAUUUGUAGACAAGAAUAUUGGAAUGAUUGGUAAAAUAAGUUAUCUUAAACUGGUGAGCAUAUGCUGAAAGCUGAUUAUUGAAGUGGCUAAGGAGACGACAUUAAUUCCGCCCAUGUUUCUUUAUAGGUCAUAUAGGGCAAAGGAAUUUUUCACAGAGUAAACACACAACUCAGGGUGGACAGGUUCAUUCUUGUGUCUAUUUUUUUAAUAUAUUGAGCUCGUUUAGAAUUGUUUAUACUUGGGGGAC